CUUAAGGAUUCUUUAAACUUCCCGUUAGUGCUCAUAAUGUCUAAAUAAAAGAGAGAUCCAAAUUCCCCAGAUCUCAGUCCAAUCGAGUAUCUAUGGAAUGUGCUGGACAAAAAGUCCGAUCCAUGGAGGCGCAACUCGCAGGACUUAAAGGAUCUACUGUAACGUAUUGGUGCCAGAUACCACAGCACACCUUCAGAGGUCUUGUGGAGUCCAUGAUUUGAAGGGGACAGAGCUGUUUUGGCAGCACAGGGGGGGGCUACAAAUAUUACGCAGUCAAUUUCUGGUAUCACAAGCUCCUCUACUUCCUGAUCCACUUCCCCUGCCCAAUCCGAGCCGCGAAUGGGACAAGUUGCGUAACACAUCACGCACCAAAAAUACCAUUUAUGAAGAGACUUCCACAAACAAAUUUGAUCAUGGAUCGAGGAAAGGAAUUGUCAUAAGAGAAGCAUGCGCAAAUCUUCAUUUUGCACAAACAGCAGAUGUCUAGUAGGGAAAUUGCCAAAAAACUGAACGUGGUGGAGUCCACUGUUGUCGCCACAGUCAAAAGAGCAACUGAAUUUUACACACAAAUGUAUAGUGAUCGCAAACUUUUGGCCAUGACUGUAUACAUGAAUAAUUAAUUGUGGUGAAGAAGAUUGAUCUGUUUUUAAUGAGGAAAGGCAAAACCCCGCCUAAGAUGAGUACUCUAUGGAGAAAGUUUCUGUUAGGCUGGAAUGUUUGUUUGCCACGACAAUAGGAGAAACACUAAAGAGCAACACAAACAGAAAACCACAAAAGUGAUGUGAUGAACACUGGGGGGUUCUUUUUUCUGUUUGACAUUGGCCCCGCCCAUCUGAAACUUUCCACAGCAUGGUCUCUUCCCAUUGGCUGAAGGCUGGGAUGAUUAAACUCACCUGGAUUGGAGGAUCAUUGAGAGACAAGAGUUAGGCAAGAGGAGUGGGAUUCUGCAGGACAGUGAGAAUUCUGCAGGGCAGUGGAAUUGGGACUCUGGAGUGCAUUGGGAAUUCUGCCAUGGAGUGGAAUUGGGAAUAGUGACGAUUAGGAGUUCUGGACCUCUACCAGCUGGUUGAGUUGCCUGUUUAAGGUAACUGCUACGACACAGGACUCAAGACAGGAAACAUGGAUGGUGAAUGGACUCUGGUUGCAGUCGCCCUGCUUUGUGGUGUGAGUUUUUUCCUGCUGAACUGGAGUAGACAGAAGCAGAAUCUUAAGAGGAAGCUACAGAUAGCGAGACAAAAGAGAGAAGCAGGACUCCAGCAGGCCGAGCAAGCUGUGAGCCACUUUAAGGCAGAGAAUCCCGGUCUUGAUUUUAGUCCCAUAGUGGCGCUACCUUUAUCUGAGCUGAGCCAGAAAAUAAGAGAGGGAUCUCUGCAGCCAGAUGUUGUGCUCCAUGCUUACAUAGAAAAGGCUCUGGAGGUGAACAGUAAAUUAAACUGUGGCACAGCUCUUCUCAUUGAGAGUCUAAAACAGCUGGAGGACAUUGAGACCCACAAAGAUGGCCUUCUCUAUGGGAUUCCCAUCAGCAUUAAAGAUAAUUUUGAUUAUGAGGGUUAUGACUCUACCUGUGGAGUGUUUAGUAAGGUGGACAAUCCUGCAGUCGUGGACAGUGUGGUGGUCAAGGUACUGAAGAGGCAAGGUGCAAUUCCCUUCAUCAAAACAAACAUUGCACAGGGCCUUUACAAUUAUGAAUGUAGUAACCCAAUCUAUGGGACAACUGUAAACCCCAACAACCUUCAGAAGACAAGUGGUGGCUCUACAGGAGGAGAAGGGGCUCUAAUUGGAGGAGGCGGAUCAAUUUUGGGCCUGGGAGGUGACCUCGGUGGAAGUAUUCGCAUCCCAGCAUCCUUCUGUGGCAUUUGCGCCUUGAAGCCCACAGCCAACAGGAUAAGUUCCCUUGGAUUGAACACUUGCGUUAAAGGCAGAAUGUCAAUACUGUCCUCUGUUGGUCCCCUGGCACGUGAUGUGGACAGUCUGGCUCUGUGUAUGAGAGCUUUACUCAACAAGGAUAUGUUCACUCUGGACCCUAAAAUUCCCCCGUUACCAUUUAAACAGGAGGUAUAUGAGAGCUCUGAGCAUCUGAGGAUAGGUUAUUAUGACAAUGACGGAUACAUGCAGCCAUCUCCAAGCAUGAGCAGAGCUCUACAAGAGGCAAAGUCACUUCUGGAACAAGCAGGUCACAUGCUGGUCCCCUUUAAGCCCCCCCGAAUAUACACCGCUGUCCAUGAGUACUUUCUGAAAAAUUUGCUUGCUGAUGGAGGUGCCACCAUUCAUAGCCACCUGAAGCAGGGCCCUAUUGACCCAUGCCUAAAUUAUGGGAUCUUUCCUGGGCUUCCUCGCUUUGUUAAAAAGACUAUCUCACUAGUCCUCAGAUGCAAUCACCCACACAUUGCAUCCCUUGUUGAUUCCAUUUGUGGAGUCAGCUCUGUUGCAGACCUGUGGGAACAACAGAGUGAUAUUGAGAAUUACAUCCAUGAAGUCAUAGAGCAAUGGAAGAAAUUAGAGCUGGAUGUGUUGCUCUGUCCAAUGUUGGGGCCAGCCUUAAACCUAACCUACUCUGGAAGAUUGACAAGUGGUGUGAGUUACACAGCAUUGUACAACCUGCUCAACUUCCCUGUGGGAGUUAUUCCUAUUACUAAAGUCACAGCCGAGGACGAAGAUCAGCUCAGGCACUACAAAGGGACCUUUGGAGGCUUUGGGGAUAAGCUCUUCAUCAAGGCAAUGCAGGGCAGUGUGGGUUUGCCGGUAGCAGUGCAGUGUGUGUCCCUGCCAUGGCAGGAUGAAUUGUGCCUGCGUUUGAUGAGAGAACUGGAGGCGCUCUGUGCCAAGAAUAAAAAGCCCAACACACAAUAAUAAAUGUGCUCACAGGAGAAUUCUGCUUUUGGGACUGUAUGCUUUUUCUUUUGCACACUUAUCAAAAUUUCUAAUGGUUCUUAAGGAUGUCCUUGUAGGACUAUCAUGUGGUAGGCGCUCCACAGUGGUACUCCUCCGAGACAUUACACAAAUACUUCAAUCUACAUUCUAUAUCUGAUCUGUAUAUGCAUGUUUUGUACUGUCUUUAUUUUGCAUUGUGCAUUAUUAUUCUUUAUUGUAUUUGUUUGUAGUGCCCUAUGGCCCUAAUGUAUUUUGUGCAUUGUGGUUUUGAUGGAUUUAAAAUGAACGUGACUUGGCUUAUA